GAGCAUGUUGUGCUACGGGUGCCCAUGAGGUGUUAAGCUUUAUGUGAUUCAACGACUUUCUCCUCCUAAAUAGACACUUCAUUGUGUGGACUUCACUGCUAUGAGCACAGAUUUGGAACAGGUAGAACUGGAAUUGGGCAUCGUCCGAAGGUCAGGUUACAGCCUCAACACGACAACUCACCAGGUGCUGAUAAGGUACUAUAGGGUCACACCAUCCAUUCAGGCUGUAAACAAGACCAAUGUGAGCUGACCAUGGAGGACGUGGGACCGAUCUGAGGAAUAAUAGCACAACGUUUUCUACAAUGGGGACUCAGAGGAACGGUUUCAAGAAGGAAAGCUUUAUCUUAUCCGUGGACGUUGGUACAACGACAAUCAGAUGUCACGUCUAUGAUAAAGUGGCAAAAGUCCGAGGAUCAUGCUCCACCAAGGUUGUUUCCUUGUAUCCAGAUAUAGGACAUGUGGAGAUGGACCCAGAAGCACUAUGGAAAGGGUUUAUCACUGUGGUUAAGGGAGCUGUGCAAGAUGCAGGAGUUCAAAUGCACCAGAUGGAGGCCCUUGGCAUCUCCACUCAACGAGGUACCUUCACAACAUGGGACAGGAACACUGGGGUUCCUUUCCAUAACUUCAUCAGCUGGCAGGAUCAGAGGGCUGCAGACCUGGUGAAUUCCUGGAACAAAUCCUACACAAUAAAGGCAAUCCAUGGUGUGUCAAAGGUACACUACUUCCUGACCAGGCAGAAGCGUUCGCUUGCAGCAAGUCUUAUUGUCUUCUCCUCUCAACAUGUUACCUUCCGCCUCGUCUGGGCCCUAACACACUACAAGCAGGUUCGUCAAGCAGUAAAUGAAGGCAACUGCUGCUUUGGAACAAUAGACACCUGGCUCCUGUUCAAACUCACAAAAGGACUCGUCCAUGCCACAGACUACUCUAAUGCCAGUUCAACAGGAAUUUUCGACUCCUAUCAGAUGUGUUGGAGUGGGUUUCUCUGCUCUCUUCUUUCUCUCCCUCUGUCUAUUUUCCCCACAGUAGAAAAUACAGGGCAAGACUUUGGUUCCACAGACCCAUCCAUCUUCGGCGUGCCCAUUCCCAUCAUGGCAGUGAUGGCAGACCAGCAGGCAGCCAUGUUUGGAGAGUGCUGCUUUGACGUAGGUGAUGUCAAGAUCACCAUGGGCACGGGCACCUUCAUGGACAUCAACACCGGGAGUAAACCACAUACGUCCAUGGCAGGCCUGUAUCCUCUGGUGGGGUGGAAGAUUGGCUCAGAAGUGGUGUAUCUGGCGGAGGGCAAUGGAGCAGACACAGGCACUGCCAUCAAAUGGGCACAAAAGCUUGAGCUCUUCACUGACGUCCAAGAGACCAGCGCCAUGGCUUACAGUGUCAGUGACUCAGACGGAGUGUAUUUCGUCCCUUCCUUCAGUGGCCUGCAGGCUCCUCUGAAUGAUCCCAAAGCUUGUGCUUCCCUCAUGGGCCUCAAACCUACCACCACUAAAGGUCAUCUGGUCCGGGCCAUUCUGGAGUCUGUUGCCUUCAGAAACCAGCAGCUAUUUGAGACAAUGAGGGAAACUCACAUUCCUAUCACAAAGAUCAGGGUGGAUGGUGGUGUUUCAUCAAAUGACUUCGUCAUGCAGCUGACUGCAGACCUGUUUGGCAGAAAGAUAGCCAGAACCCAACACCGUGAAAUGUCAUGUUUAGGGGCUGCUUUUGUCGCUGGACUUGGAGUGGGCUUCUGGAGGACCAGGGAAGAGCUGAAGAAGCUGCAGAGUACCGACGAGAUGUUCUUGCCCCGAGGAGGAGCACCCAAGGAGGGUGCUGGCGGCCCAAGUCAGCAAUACAUCCCUGUCAUCCACAGCUGGGAGGGAGCUCUCAGACGCUCCAUGAAUUGGUACAACAAGCCAUGACACUGGAUGCGCACACAUGGACAUCCAGGGUUAUACCAAAGGAGAUGAUGAUUUUUGAGUACAUGUAGGGUUAGCACAGGUCUGGAAAGUCCUUAAAAGUGCUUGGAGUCUUGUGAACUCCAUCAUCUCAAAUCUGUCGGAUUCACGCCAACAGCCACCUUCACAGCCUUGAAUUGUUGCCCACAUACUGAAGUUACCAUAUCUUUUUAUAAGUUCUUCACAUCAGAUUUUUAACAUUCCAGAUCUCAAGCCACCGGUGCCUUUUCAUGUUACAGCAUUUUAUUCAGAUGGAAAAAUAGUUGUACAUUUUCCCACAUGGGGGUGCUAAUGACUGACUUUAGAGCUUUUUAAUUUAUGAACUGGCCAUAGCAACCACAUGCCAUGUGUUAGUAAGGAGCCACAGAUUCAAAUUAUUGAUAUCAGAUUCGCACUUGAUAGUCUGUGAGGGGGGAAAAAAAGGACUUCUUCCAUGACGCCUCAGAAUUUAAAGCGCUCUAAAUAGGAAGCAGUAUGUCAUGUUUUUACGUGCCUUUUUUUGUUGUUGUUGAUCAAACUGUAUUUUCAUGUUGUCAUUUUAAAAAAAUGUCAGUCGAAAACAUGUAGUCACACAUGUUGCCUUUCUGGAGUAGCUUCGUUUUUGUAAUCAUUACUUAUUGCUGCACGCUUCCACAGUGCUUAAACGUAUCUUCAAGACUAAAUACAGUUAUUAAAUGCAAUGAUGAUGUUGUUGAAAUGUGACUGGAACAAAAACAAAUUGUACAUGUUUUGCUCUGUUUAAGGGAAUCCUGGAUAUGUAUACUAUAUACUGGAUUUUAGCAUUUCAGCACCUCAUUGUCAGAAAUGCUAGUCGCUCCUCUGAUGCAACACAGGCAAUGAACUGAGUAUAAGAAGUAUUUUUAAAGGCUUAUGUGUCAGAUUAGGGAUUCAGAGUUUUAGCUUUGCUGUAAUAGCUGACAUAUCUUGAUGAAGUCACAGAUUAGCACCUUCAUGCGCUGUUGUUUAGGAACAAGUUGAUCAGGGAUAUUGAGCUGCAAUUAAUCGAUUAGUUGUCGACUAUUAAAUUGUUAAGAAAAAAAAGUCAAAAGGCUCUGAUUCCAGCUUCUUAAAUGUGAAUACUUUCUGGUUUCUUUACUCUUCUAUGACAGUAAACUUGAUAUCUGGGUUGUAGACAAAACAAGGCAUUUGAAGAUGUUUAAAUAGACCAAACAACUAAUCGAUUAAUCAACAAUGAAAAGAAUUGUUAGUUGCAGCCCUACAGGGAUAGAAAUAGGAACUGAAACAGAAUGAAGACACAUAGAAAUAUGUAUUGAGUGUUAUUGCUUGUUGUGUAGUCAUUAUUUUAGUUAUUAGUUGUUUAUGGUUGAAUUGUUAAAUGGGGGACAACCAUGUUGAUGUCAUAUGAUGAAGUUUGACUCAAAUCGUUUACCUGACUUGAUGAAUUAUGUCACAAAUGACUAAGAAAAUGUAAACUGUGAAUCUUAUUCUAGAUGUGUUCUACUUGCUGGGUAUUGUUCAAUGCUUUCACCUUUCAUAAUACUGCAAUAUUCUUACUACAUAUAUUUAAAGGUUUGUUAUGCAAAGAGACACAAUGUAUAAUGCAAAAAAUUAACACCUCAGAUCAAAAUGGCAUUCCAGAUCGUCACGUGUGUGAUUUUCUAACACUUGUACUUGUUCUUGAAUGGCAAAUGUCAUCCCAAGCUGCUGGGAAAUGACAAACAAUACAUUUAUGUGAUCAUACAUUGGCAUUAAAAGUGCUUUGUAUGAUGUGAAAGGGCUAAUAUUAAAAACCGAAAUGAUCAGC